AUGGUGAAGAUCAUUAACUUCUUUGUCAUACUCCUCCUAGUCUUAUUGGUUUCCACAGAGAAAGGUGAAGCGCAAGCGCAGGGGUGCGAGUGGGAAUGCCAGAAUCUACCAAACUUCAAGUGUUGGAUGGGUGACGUGGGCCAUAACCUUUGCCACAGUUUCUGCACCAAGGAAGGAGCCAUUACCGGCGUCUGCGUCUCAAACCCCCAACGUUGCCUCUGUCGCAAGGCCGGCUGCUCCUAA